AUGGAUGACCCUUUCGUUUCUUGUCCCUACGACUCGGCCCACAGGGUUCCCCGGUCGCGUAUUCAGGGACACAUUGUGAAGUGUCAGCAAAAGUGCCCUAACCUUCAUAUAUGCCCAUACAAUGCUACUCACAGGGGUACCGAAGCAGAAAUGAAGAUCCACAUCAAGGAUUGCCCUACUAAACUCGCCAUGUUCCCUGAAAACAGGCCCCCAAGGGUCACAGGUGAUCUGACAACUCCGAAACCAUUAUUACAAAAGGAGUACAUACCAGAAACUGAUCCUAAUCAUGAGAUUUGGGAUGAUUAG